AGUGCUCAGUUCAACUGAUUGUUUUUGUGCUUUGAUUCGAAUCUCAUGAUCGUAUUUGGAAAUUCCCUUCGUGUCAGUCAUCUUACUUUUCUUCCUAAACGUUUUCUGAGUAUAAGUCAAUUAAAAGAAAGAAGUCUUAUAUGCGUUCAUGGCACAUCAGCCGAUGAGUUUCUACAAGGACUUAUAACAAAUGAUAUCAAAUCUAUAAAUCAACCUAAUUCAUUCAUGUAUUCAUUGUUUCUCAAUUCGAAGGUAUAUUUCAUUGAAUUUCCUUCCUGUCAGAUAGUUUUUUUUCAUUAUAUAUUUUAGGGUAGAGUUCUAACUGAUGCAUUUAUCUAUCAUACUAAUCGUUUAUCGACUAAUCAGUCUGAUUAUCUUGUUGAAGUUGACGUCAGUUGCGUACCUGAUAUGGUUAAACACUUAAAGCAAUAUAAUUUACGUGGGAAAGUUAAGAUAGACGCCGAUUUAUCAGUGUAUCCUUGGGUCGCUAUGCCGACAUCAAGACACUCGAAUCAACUGAAUAAUUAUAAAGCAUGGUUACCAGUGAAUUCACCUGAUAUUAGUGAUCAACGACAGUUGAUCUUUUUCGCUUCAGAUCCUAGGGGUAUAUCUGGUUGGUCUGGACGCAUACUGUCAACAUCUAGUACAAAUGUCACUAGUAUUUUCCCAUCAUGCAAUACACAACCACUUGAUAUAAACCUGUAUCAUAAUGCACGUUGGGAAUUGGGCUUACCAGAAGGUAUUAAGGAAUUAAUUACAAGUGAUACACUACCGUUCGAAGCGAAUGCUGAUUUAUCCGGUGGAGUUAGCUUUUCCAAAGGAUGUUAUAUUGGUCAGGAGUUGACAGCACGGACACACUUUACUGGAGUUACUCGGCGAAGAUAUGUGCCGAUUAAAAUAGUGUCGAAGGGGAAUAUUGAUGUUUUAAAAACAUCAAAUAGUGUUAAUCAUUUAUACAAUGCACCAAUUUAUCAAAUGGAUAAAAAUGAUAAAACAUAUGAAUUAUCAAAAUUAAAAUUAAUUGGAUGGAUUCGAAAUGUAAAUAUGAAUAAUUUUAUUAUGAUAAAUAAUAAUAAUCAUAAUGAGAAUGAUUUAAAUAUUGAUAAUGAAUUAAUCAGUGGGAUAGCAUUGAUACGUUUAACUGAUAUCAAUGAACAACAAUAUAAACUAGUAGUAAAUAUCCCGAUUCAUACUGAUUGUGAUCAUCAUCAUAAUAAUAAUAAUACUAAUAAUGUAAUACAAUUAGAUAUUAUUCCAUAUAUACCAUCAUGGUGGCCUGAGAAUAUAGCGCCAACAAUUAAACGAAUUACAUGUACAUAAAUCAGUUGUAUUUUCCUAUUCCAUUAGAUGUUAUAUAAUCUUAUUUAGAAAAAAACAAACAAACAAACUAUAUUACGA